AUGCCAGAAUCCCGCACUUUGUAUGAUCUUGGCCACGAUGAUGAUGGCGAAAAGUGGGCCGGAGGACGACUCAGCAAUGUACUACGAGACACGCAGACCGAAGGCGUUGUAGUAGUUGCGCGCUGGUACGGCGGGCAAAACAUCGGUCCCAUACGUUUCACGCAUAUCGAAAACAGCGCCAAAGAAGCGAUUUGGAAGUGGAAAGUCGCCGAUACGGAGAUCAAGAAAGAGCAGGCUACCAAGAAGCAAAGAGUCGAUGAAGAAGCUAAGCGGGAAGAGCUGAUUAAGAACCUACAGGAAAGGGAUUACAACAUCUUUGCGCUGAGGAAGUUGUUGAGUCAGAAAAAGGCGCAGUUGCAGGAUGAGGAGCCUGCGCCACCGACGCCGCAGAAGAUGCAGGAUUAUGGGAAGAUGACUAUGGAUGCGCUGACGAGGGUGGACAAAGCAAGGGAUGCUACGAUUGCGUUCAUUUUGAAGCAAAUUGAUAAGAUCGAUGAGGAGCUUAAGCUUGUGGAGGCGUUGGAGGACGGCACGCAGGGGGCGGAAGAGGAGGGCAAGGCUGGAGAGGAAAAGCCCUCGACGCCAAAGUGA